AUGGGCGGGGCUAGAACCUCAGCCAAUGAGAGGGGCGCGGGGGGCUCGGUCAACGCGCGGGGCGGGGCGCGACGCCCGGUGAAUGAGUGGCGGGCGAAGAUGGAGUCGGUGGCACUGGUGGCGCCGGUGACGGCGCUGGAGUUCGUAGGGGACGUGCUGCUGGCGGGCACGGGCCCGGAGGUGGCGGCGUUCCGGCUGAGCGGCGCGGGCCCGGCGGCGCGGCGGAGCGUGCUGCGUGAGGCCAGCGUGCAGGGGCUACGGGCGGAGCGCGGCGGGGCGGGCGCGGUGCGGGUGGCGGCGUUCGGCGGGCGCUGGCUGGCGGUGCUGUGGGUGCGGGCGGCGGGCGGCGGGGCGCGCCUGGCCGUGCUGGCGGCGCGGGCGCUGGGCGCGCGGGUGUGGGAGGCGCGCUGGGCGGCGGGUGGGCGGCUGGCGCUGGCGCUGGGCGGCGGGGCCGUGGCGCUCUACGAGUGGCGGGGCGGCGGGCGCUGGCUGCGCCGGGCGAGCUGCGGCGGGGCCGGGGUCGCGCUGCGCUGCGCCGCGCUGGCGGGGCCGUGCUGGGCGCGCCUGGCGCUGGCGGCCGGCACGGCGGCGGGGGCCGUGCUGGUGUGGCAGGCGGCGGCGCCCGCGGCCCCGCGCCGGCGGCUGACCGGGCACCGGGGCGCGGUGCUGGCGCUGCGCUGGGCGGCGGCGCGGGGGCUGCUCGCCUCCGCCUCCGAGGACCGCGGCGUGCGGCUCUGGGCGCUCGGUGACCUGCGCGACGACGAGGGCGGCCGGUGCCUGCUGGUGUGCUACGGGCACGGCUCGCGCGUGGCCGCCGUGGCGCUGCGGGGGCCGCGCCCCGUGAGCGCGGGCGAGGACGGCGCGUGCCUCGAGUGGGACGGCGGCGGCCACGUGCGGCGGGAGCGGCGCGGGCACCGCGGGGCCCUGCGCGCCCUGGCCCUGCGCCCCGCCGGGGGGCGGCUCGCCACGGGCGGCGACGACGGCGGCGUGCGGGUGUGGCGGGCGCGCGGCAGCGCGGCCCCGGCCCCCGCGGCGCUGCGGGCCCCGUGGCGGGUGCGGGCGGCGCUGCUGGCGGCGCCGCGGCGGGCGCUGGCGCUGGGCGAGGCGGGGGCGCUGGCAGCCUGCGAGGCGCCGGCGGGGCCUUGGGUGCCGGUGCUGCCCCCCGGGGCCGCCGGGCCCCGCGCGCUGCUGGCGGCCGCGCCGCUGUCCGGCGACGACGAGGCGCUGUGCGCGCUGGGCGACGGCGACGGGCGGCUGCUCCUCUUCGCCCUGGGCAGCCCCGGGGACGCAGCCGCGCUGAGGCCGUUCGAGGGCGCCGUGCGGGGGCUGAGCUGGGCCCCCCGACCCGGGCUGCCCCCCGCCGCCGCCGCGCUCCUGGCCUCGGGGCCCGGUGGGGAGAUGCUCUGGUUCGAUGUCACCCACCGGCCCGGGCGAGCUCCCCGCGUGCGGCUGAUGGGGCGCUACCUGCUGCCCCCCUGCAAGCAGCGCUGGCACACCUGUGCCGCCUUCCUGCCCCGCGCCCCGCUCCUGCUCUGCGGGGACCGACGAGGCUCCCUGCUCCUCUUCCCGUGCCGCCGCUCCUCUGGGCAGGCUGCCGAGAGCACUGGCGCCGUCCAGGGCAGCGAGGAGGCUGGCCGCAGUGGCCAGGACAGUGAGGACGCUGAUAACGAGUCACAGCCCUCUUGCUUGUUGGAUAAAGAGGUUCUUCCCCUCGAGAGCCCGCUGUCCGUGCUCUUCGGGCUCCACGGGAAGACGGGGGUCACCUCGGUCACCUGCUACAGGGAUUACAUUUACAGUACUGGUCGGGAUGGCGUCUACCGCCAGCUCCAGCUGCAGGGCACUCAGCUGGAGGUCCUGCGGAAGCACAGGCCCUGCAAAGGGCUGCAGUGGAUCGAGGAGCUGCGCUUCACCCCAGACGGGGAUCUGCUCGUGCUGGGCUUUCACGCUGACAACUUCGUGGUGUGGAGCAGCAGAACCGGCGAGAACAUCCACUGCAUCCCAUGUGGCGGGGGACACCGCUCCUGGAGCUACUGCAGCAGCCCCGAGGCCGACGCCUUCGCCUUCGUCAAGUGCGGGGACGUGAUGCUGUACUACCGCGAGGCCGUGCCCUGCGAGCAGCAGGUGCUUCUGGAGUCCCUGCACGGGCGGGAGAUCGUCUGUGUGCGGCGCCUGGGGGCAGUGGAGGUGCCAGGCCACACUGCCCUGAAUGUCUUCAUCACCGGCAGCGAGGACACCACAGCCUGUGUCCUGGUGCUCAGUGAGCGCUCCCGAGCUGCCGUGCCCAUCGCCCGGCUCAGUGACCACAUCUCCAGUGUGAGGGCACUGGCGCUGGCUGGCAACGAGGACUGUGGUGAUGGGAAUUUGUCUGUACUGCUCUUCUCUGCGGGCGGCCGGGCGCAGAUCGAGUGUUACCGGCUGCAGUGUGUGGGGGACCCAGCCUCUGAGAGUGCUGUGGACUGCCAGGUUGUCCACGUGGCUUCUCACCGGCUGGAUGAGUACUGGGAGCGGAAGAAGAACAGACACAAGCUCGUCAAGAUGGACCCGGAGACGAGGUACAUGUCCCUCUCCGUCGUGCCCGGGACCAGCACCAAGAAGCUGCCAAUGCCCUGGAAGUUCCUGGUUGCAGCCUGCAGUGACGGAUCGGUCCGGGUCUUUGGGCUCCUGGAGGCCACCCGGAAGCUGGUGCUGGUGGCGGAGUCAUUUCACCACCAGCGCUGUGUGCUGAAGGUGGAGGCGUUCCUGCAUGCACAGGCGGGAGAGGAGAGGAGGCACCUCCUGUGCAGUGCAGCCACCGAUGGCAGCAUCGCCUUCUGGGACAUCACCCACCCCAUCGCAGAUGCAGUGGAUGCCCUGCACCAAGCAGAGGGAGAGGUGCAGCCCCUGGCCCUGGGCUCCCCGCUGCUCACCAUCAUGGCCCACAGCUGCGGUGUGAACAGCCUCCACACCCACAAGACACCAGAGGGGCAGUACCUGGUGGCCAGCGGCAGCGACGACGGCUCCAUCCACGUCUGCCUGCUGGAGGUGGCCGUAGGUGGGGGCGAGGCUGCAGCAGGGACCAGCCUGCGCGUCCUGCAGCGGGUGGCCAGGCCCUGCGCCCACGCUGCCCACGUGACGGGGAUCCGGGUGCUGCGGCCAGACCUGCUGCUCUCUGCCUCUGUGGACCAGCGCCUGACACUGUGGCGGCGGCACCCAGACAGGCUGGAUGAGCUCAGCACCACCUUUUUCCACGUGCCUGACCUUGCGGAGCUGGACUGCUGGGAGGAGGCGGAGGCCGGUGGGGAGCUGCAGUUCUGCUGCGUGCUCUGCGGGCAGGGCCUGGAGAUGCUGCGCGGCACAGCUCCCCCGAAGCCCCCUCCACCAGAGCCUCCCCAGUAACGGGGCAGGUCU